GUCACGCGGCCCGUUCCCGGCCUGCUCUGCGCGUGCGGGGUGCCGCUCCCGUCAGGCAGCGCGCGGGGCCAUGGGCCGCGCGGACAUGGCGCGCGUGCCGCACGUCGUGGCUGACACCGGCGCGUUCCUCAGCGCCGCCCCGCUGCAGGACAUCGCGCAGAACCUGUACACCGUGCCCGAGGUGCUGGCCGAGAUCCGUGACAGGCCGACGCGCCGCCGCCUGGCCGCCCUGCCCUGCGAGCUGCACCUCCGCCGCCCGCGGCCCGACCUCCUGCGGCUCGUGACCGAGUUCUCCAAGAAGACCGGGGACUACCCCAGCCUCUCGGCCGCCGACCUGCAGGUGCUUGCCCUCACCUGCCAGCUGCAGGCCGAGACCGACGGCCCCGGCUGCCUCCGCUGGGAGCCCCAGGACAAGGUGCGGCUCAGCUCCACCCCGUGGCACCCCGAGGCCCCCCUGCACCUCGCCGGCUUCCACCUGCCCGCCAAGCACAGGCACCCGGGGAAGGGCCAGCGUCAGCCCAGCCCUGAGAGGAACAGGGUCCUGUCUGAGAGCGACGAGUUCAGCUCCUUCCUCUACUGGCGAGCACCGCUGCCCAGCAUCGAGGAGGAGCUGCAGGAGCUCCUGAAAGCUCAAGCCAUCUCCGUUAGCCCAGAGACCACUGAGGAGCACCAGAGCCCUGAGGAUGGGGCCAGUGCUGAGGAAGAAGAGGACGAGGAGGAGAGCGAUGACGAAGGCUGGAUAACACCCAGCAAUCUCAAGCAGGUGCAGCAGGACGCAAGUCACUGUGACACUGCUCCCAUCAGCGUCCAGGUUGGCUGCGUCACCACUGACUUUGCCAUGCAGAACGUGCUGCUGCAGAUGGGCCUCCACGUGCUGGCAGUGAACGGCAUGCUGAUCCGCCAGGCCAGGAGCUACAUUCUCCGCUGCCAUGGCUGCUUCAAGACCACGUCGGACAUGACCAAGGUUUUCUGCCCCCACUGCGGUAACAAGACCCUGAAGAAGGUCGCGGUGAGCGUCAGCGAUGACGGGAGCCUCCACAUGCAUUUUUCCCGCAACCCCAAGGUGCUGAACCCCCGAGGGCUCAGGUACCCGCUGCCGGCCCCAAAAGGAGGGAAGCACGCGAACAACCCUCACCUGGUGGAAGACCAGCCCUUCCCACAGCAGCGGCUCUCCCGCAAGGCCAGGCAGAAGACCAACGUCUUCGACCCCGACUACAUCGCUGGGGUCUCGCCCUUUGCGGAAAACGACAUCUACAGCCGCGCAGCCAAUCUGCAAAUCCGGGACGCGGCCCUGGGUGCUGGCAGGAGGCGCCUGAACCCCAACGCCGUCACAAAGAAGUUUGUGAAGAGGAGGUGAAGGGCGGGACGGGGCCGGCUGCGGUCGGCGCUGCGAGGGACCGUCCACUCAGGCCUCGCGUGUUGCUGCCCCAUGGCUCCGGGCGGGCGAGCGAGGCCUCUCCCAGCCCCCUCCCGAAGGAGCCACCGGCACUUCCCGUCCACACGUCUCGGGUGCCUGAAGAGCGGCCAGUGACUGGGGGUGACGGUCAUUGGGUUGGGGGGGCAGAGCAGGGGGGAGCCGGGCAAGGGUCCCUGCUCAGCUGCAGCCCCCCAGGCCGGGGCUGCUUCGCUAAUAAACACCAAAACCCGCGGUGCCGCA